GUCGCCCAAGAUCCAUCAGGUACCUUUUGCGCACGCUGGCUGCCCGGAGAUCACUACGCAUCUGGAAGUACCAGUCUGGUACAAAGCUAGCUCUAGCCUCCCUCCGUCAUUCGACUUGCUUGGCCGCACGCGAACAAAGACCGACGCUCGCGCUAAACUCCCGCGACGACUUGCGCCGCCUCUUUGUCCAAGCCACGACGGUGCAUAUCCAUACCGACCGACGACGAGCCCCGUCUAAAGCGACCACCACAGCUAUCCCUAGGGGCCUGACGACCGUCGAUAUUCGUGCCGACCGACCCCGUUCUCUGAUCCCUUCCGUGGCCUAAGCCCCCGGACAUCAUGGAUGACAAGGAGUUGCUGAGGAGCAUCAAGGAGCUCGUCAAGGCAAUCCCCAACGAGCCUCCGGAGGUGGUGAUCCGGAUGCUCGAGAACUUGAAGAAGGCGUCGCCUUCUGAGGACAGCCUCAGGGCAACUAAAGCCGGUGUCGUAGUCGGCAAGCUACGGUCCAACGCCGACAAGAGUAUCGGACGCGUGGCGGCCGAGGUGGUGAACAAAUGGAAGAAGAACGUCGAGGCCGAGAAGGCGAAGAAGGCGGGCCGCGGCCAGGGCUCGUCGCCCGCCGCCUCGCCGACCACGGCAACAGCCCCCGCGCCGCCGCCCACAAUGAAGAGCAGCAAGCCCUGGACCGGCGACGCAUCGAAGCGGAAAUGGGACACGGACGGCGUCGACAAGAAAAGGACAGGCAGCGCGACGCGUGACAACAUCAUCGGCCUGCUCUACAACGGCCUGGCCUACAUGUCGUACGCCCCCAUCGACGACAUCCUGGUCAAGGCCAUCGAGGUGGAGAGCGCGGCCUUCAAGGAGUACAAUGGCGAGACUGCCGACUACCGCACCCAGAUGCGGUCGCUAUUUUCAAAUCUUAAAGCAAACCGGGAGCUGGCCAAGCGCGUCUUUGCUGGCGACAUCGCCACCGCCAAGUUUGUCAAGAUGACGUCCGACGAGCUCAAGUCGGACCAUCUCAAGAAGAAGGAGGAGGCGCUGGAGAAGGAGAACAUGAAGAAGGCCCAGGUCCCCAUGGUUGAGCGCUCCAUCAGCGACGCCCUCGAGUGCGGCAAGUGCAAGCAGAAGAAGGUCAGCUACACGCAGGCCCAGACGCGCAGUGCGGAUGAGCCGAUGACCACCUUUUGUGAAUGCACCGUCUGCGGCAACCGGUGGAAGUUCUCGUAACCCCUGGACCUUGGUGUUUUGGCAUCACCAUGUCCCGGCAUGUCUUCCCGUCUACCUCCGUCAAAUCCCGGGUUCCAGGCAACAUCCAUGGCGCUAAUGAUCACGGAAAAGGACGUUAGUUAAUGUAGCCUUCACCGCGUGUGUUAGGGCAGAUGCUAGCUAGAGCGUGGCAAGCAUCAUUUCCGUACCUAUAUCUGAAUUUUGGAAUUUCGUAUCCUCCCUUUCCCUCUUUCCACCCUUUCUUUCUCAUAUCCAGACGUUUCACUUUCUAUUUUCUAUCGCCGUUGAGUCACCGCAACGGGUAGGCCAACUGGGACCGGGCUGGAGUUGAGCGGAUUGGCAAGGUGUUUAUUCUUUAUCUUUAUUUUGAUUAUCCCUGGCCGCGCGAUCUCUGGCACUGGAUCUGACUUGUGCAUUUUCCAGGCCCGCUUUCUCGCAUGAAUAGCAAGGCAAAAUGCUCUGACCUUGCAGCGCCAGAGGCACUUUUUAGGCAGGAUACUGGCCAUGUAAUGGCCGCGAUGGAUGGACCGGACUGGUCUUGUGCACCGAGCGAGAAUUGGCAAUGGGAUACAAGCCCGUCGCCUAGACUCUCAGCAUGUCACAGGGAAGCUAGGCGGUAACCAGAGACUAUCCUGUUGGAUCGUCGCUCAUGGGGCUGCCCCGUUCUCAGAUUGUCCACUUGAUGACCCUACCGCGCGCGGCUUCUCCAAAAGGGCAAAGAGGUCAGCGGUCCUAUCGAGGCGGUGCGGCUCUUCAAGCCCCACGGACGUGAUUUGCUUAUAGAAGCGACUAAGAUGGCGGGAGCCCGAGUCGCACAGGACCGUCACAACCUGACUUCCGCGAGGGAGCUUGCGGGCGGUCAUGACGGCCGCCACGCAGUUGACGGCGCUACUGCUGCCGACGAAGAUGCCGUCGUGCUCCACCAGCCAGCGGGCCAUGACGCAGGCCUGCUCGUCGGUCACGCGCACGGCGUCGUCGAUCAGCUCGCGGCCGGCCUCGAAGUUUGACGUGAGCCACUUGAGCCCGACGCCCUCGACGAUGGUGUCGACCUGCUGCCGCCGGCGCGUCCCCUCGCGCUCCGAGGACGAGUACAUGACGCCGUGCUUGACCUUGUUGUACAGGCCGCUGCCCUGCGGGUCCGCCAGCACGAUGUGGGUGGCGGAGAGCCCGGCCUCCUCCUUGAGGUGCAGCGCCACGCCCGAUAUGGUGCCGCCGGUCCCGGCGCCGGCGACGAAGGCGUCGAUCCGACCGCCCGUCUGUUGGACGAUCUCGGGCCCGGUCGUGGCCAUGUGGGCCCUGUAGUUGGCCGGCGACUCGAACUGGCCGGCGUAGAAGCCGACGCUGCCGCCGGGCGCGGCCGCGGCGGUAUGGCUCUCAGCGCGCGCUUUGGCCAGGUUCACAAAAUGGCGCUUAUCGGCGAUGGGGGCGACGGGGACGCGCUCGACCGUCGCACCGAGGUGCAGCAGCAGGUCCGACUUCUCGUGGCUCUGGUCGUCGGGCAUGCAUAUGUGGGCGCGGUAGCCCCUGGCGCGGGCCAGGAUGGCGAGGGAGAUGCCGGUGCUGCCGACGGUCCCCUCGUAUAUGGUGUCGCCGCGGCCCGGGACGAGCAGGCCACGCUCCUCGGCGUCGAGGAUCAUGCUCAGGGCCACGCGGUCCUUUGGGCUGCCGCCGGCGCCGUUGAGGAACUCGGCCUUGGCCAGGAUGGUGCACCCCGUGGCCUCGGACAGGCUGCGGAGCUUGACCAGGGGCGUGCCCCCAAUGCACUGCUCGAUGCCGUCUCUGACGUCAGUGCCCAGCGCCCCUGAGCCUGCGACGGCGGGGCCGCCGGGCGCGUCGCGGUCCUGCAGCCGCAUGGGGCCGAGCCCCAGCUGGCCGAAUAGGCUUCGCCGGCGCGGGUCGUCGGCCCUGGACUUGCUUCCGCCCCUGUACCGCCUCUCCAGGUCUGGGUAGAGGUCUUUGAAGCCCAGCGUGACCACCACGCCGGCCAUGAAGGCAGCCGCCACUGCCGCAGUGCCAUAGGCUUUGGGAUGGUCCAAUAGAGACAUUUUGUUAGAUGCCGCUGUUUCAGGUCCUUCCCUUCCCUUCCCUUUCCGUUCCUUCACCUAGGCCCUUAGAUAAUGGGACCCAUGAGUAGAUAUACUAUUUAGAGCCUGCGGAUAUGUGAUGUAAAAGGUCAGGCUCAUCAAGGACGGGAAGUUGGAUGUAACCAUGGACGAGUUCUGUGUUAAUCAAUAGGGCGAAUCGGACACAACAAAAGCCUAGGGUAUCAAAGGAGGGGGUGGAUCCAUGAUCCGUCUGGUCUUUUGCUGGGAUUUUUUUCCCGUCUUGAAUGGGCUUGAAUGUGGAGGGAGCUUGGGCCAAGCC